AUGCAUAGAUAUGCAGCCCCGAGUCCUGAGGCUCGAGAACUUAUAUCUGAGCUAGAAUUUGUUUGGGACCAGAUAAAGUCAAAUACUGCAUCUUCAUCCUCUUCUGGUCUAGCCCACUUAGAUUCUCCUCGAUUUAACCAAGGGUACAGUUCAAUUGGGCGCCAAAAGUACUCAGAAAGAGAUUCGCGACUAAGAGUCCUAAGCCCUGUCAGUCAACCCGGGGAACGAAGGGCUAAAAGACAAGAUCACAAACAAGCAACAGAAGAUGGUGAAGAAAUGCAAGAAAAGUGUGAAGAUAAAGAAAUAGAGGUUCAAGAAGACGGCGAUCGUCAUGAUGAUGAUGAUGAUGAUGAGUUCCAGGAAGCACAGGACAGUUUCUACAGAGACGAAGAGCAACAGAAGAAUGACUUACGACAGCGAAGGGUCGAUUCUGCUCAUGUUAAUGAUAAGCAAACUCGUAGAUGGCAGCGUCGAAUUGAACAGGCACUGACGAAAAUGACCACCGAAAUUGUUGCGAUGAGGGAGCUCAUAGAGUCGCGUACACAUCAUCAGGGGCAGAGAAAAAGCAUAUUGAAAUGGAUUAAAUGGCUCUCUUGGGUUAUUCUGAAACAGUUGCUCUUGGACAUUGCUGUUCUUGGGCUGAUUUAUACAUGGAUGAGGUUUCGAGGAGACAGACGGCUAGAGACGAUGGUAAAAAGUAUAUGGAAGAAACUAAGUAAUAAGCCCUUAAGAAUUUGCUUUCUAAAAUAUCUUCCGGCAUCAACAUUGUGA